CUAUGGAGUGUCGUGUGUUGUGCGGAGCCGGGUUGGUGGUUGUGCUGCUGGUGGGCGUUUUGUGCCCGGCCGGAGCUGCUCCUGUGGGUGAAGAUGAUGUAAAGCAGAUCCCAAAAACUGAAGCUGGUGCAAAGAAUGAACUGAAACCCAAUGAAGAUACAAAAGGUGAAGCGAAGCCCGACGAGGGUGCAAAAGGUGAAGCGAAGCCCGACGAGGGUGCAAAAGGUGAAGCGAAGCCCGACGAGGGUGCAAAGGGUGAAACGAAGCCCGACGAGGGUGCAAAAGGUAAUGCGAAGCCUGACGAGGGUGCAAAGGUAACGCGAAGCCCGCCGAUAAUGCAAAGGUGUGAAGCGAAGCCCGCCGAUAAUGCAAAGGGAGAAGCAAAGCCCGACGAGGGU